CUCCUUCGUCCGCCAACCUCUUCCCCCGACCGACCAGACUUUUUUCAACAAUGGUACGUCUAGCUACCAAGCAGUCAUCCUCUCACUAUCAUCUUCUCCUCGAAGCAUGAUCUUGAUUGGUGCCUACAAGUACUUGGAAGAGCUCUACAAGAAGAAGCAGAGCGAUGUCCUCCGCUUCCUUCUCCGUGUCCGCUGCUGGGAGUACCGCCAGUUGCCGGUCUGCCACCGUGCUUCCCGUCCUUCCCGCCCCGACAAGGCCCGCCGUCUCGGUUACAAGGCCAAGCAGGGAUACGUCGUCUACCGUAUCCGCGUCCGCCGCGGUGGUCGCAAGCGCCCCGCCCCCAAGGGUGCCACCUACGGUAAGCCCACCAACCAGGGUAUCAACCAGCUCAAAUACCAACGCUCCCUCCGCUCCACCGCCGAGGAGCGCGUCGGCCGCCGUUGCGCGAACUUGCGCGUCUUGAACUCGUACUGGAUCAACUCUGAUUCCACCUACAAGUACUUUGAGGUCAUCUGUGUUGAUCCCUCUCACAAAGCUAUUCGUCGUGACCCGCGUAUCAACUGGAUCGCGAACGCUGUUCACAAGCACCGUGAGUCCCGUGGUCUUACUGCCGUUGGCAAGAAGUCCCGUGGUAUCAACAAGGGUCACCGUUUCAACCACUCCAAGUCUGGACGUCGUCACAUCUGGAAGAAGAACAACACCCUCUCCCUCCGUCGUUACCGUUAA